CGCACCUUUGUGUUACACUUCAUCUUAUCUCCAUCGACGCGGCGGAUUUCCUUCGAUUUGAACCUCGAUACAACAUCAUAUCAAAGAGGAGACUGUGCAUAUUGUGCCUAUUCUGUGCGAUCCGUUAUUCAGUCACUUUGUAUGCUCUUCUCGUGAGUCAUCGCUCUUGGAGUACAAGUCUUGGCACCUGAGGACCACAUUGUUCAAGUGGUUGCCUAGUCAUAGCUAUAAAACUGGCGUAUCCGCCUCAUCGCGAUCAAGGAAUUUCGCCACUUCAGCGCGCAACACGCAACGCGACUUUCCACGGUGCGACUUUGCUACGUCUGCUGUAUCUUUGGCUCAAACAUCUGGAUCUGUCGCAACGUCACCUGUUGACUUGGAACUGAGCUGGGUGCGCUUUGGAGGCGAGGACAACGCGUGCCUCAAGCAAUGAGACCCAAAUAAAUUGGACCAUCCCCCAACUAUGGCACGCAAACAGACCAGACAGACAAAAAUGGCCGUGGAAGAUUCCUGGCGUAUGGUAGAAGAGGGCGAGAAUGACAGUUUCGACACCUCCAUUGUCCAGGGCCCUUAUGAAGAUGACCUCAUUCCCUCCAGCGGCCCUUCACAACUUUCCUCUUCGCAAGGCUACAACACAGCCUCUCAAGAUAGCAUCCACGACUUUGUCAACAACGCAGAUGAUGACCAGGUUAUCUUAAGGGCACCUUUUCAUCCUUCCCUCGUUUCUACCCGACACGCCUCUGUGGACAAAGAACUCACGCCUGUACCUGAGUUCUUCAUGCCAAGGGUUGAGGUUAACAGUCCACCACGCAGCAACCGGUCAUCAAGAAAAACGAUCCGCCCAGAAAUGGACGAAUCUCAUGUGGUAAGACGGCGAGGUUUUCGCCAACAAGCUAAUAAUCCAAGCCCUCAAAAACACCAAUGCCGCAAUGGUGGAAGGACAGGAAGCGACGACCUGGAUGGCUCGGCCAGGAGACAUGAACCUACAUUGGGGGAACGUUUCUCUGGUUCGGUCCCUACCUUCUUGUUUGACAUAGCUGCCUGGUGCAUUUCAGUGGUGGGGAUGGCGCUGCGUUACGCGAAGUGGCCCAUCGCCAUCAUGCUUGCCAUAUACAUGACUAUCGGCGCUGGCAUGAUUGCGAAGAACAUGAUUACCGAAUCAAUUUCAGCAUCAAUGUCGCCAUUAUGUCGCAUCCCCGGUGCAUCGUUUCUCGAUCUCCCCUUUUGCCCAGACAUGCCAGCGAUGCCGGGAGCCAAGAAUGGGACACAUCCGGUUGAGUUCGAUGAGCUCAUGAGCGUGCAAGCGCAGUUUGAGAAAGUCCUCGAAGACUCUGCACAAGGCGUAUCCCUACCAAUGGAGAUGAAGCGUGCAGAAGCUUCUGUUCGAGAUCUCCGCACGUUGGUCAAAUUUAGCGACCUCCCAGCCCGCGAGGAGCUUGUCUACGAAUUCGACGGCUACAUCGACACCGUACGAACCAUCGCCACCGAUCUUCAGAGAUUUAAUACUCACGUCGGAAGUGUGGUAGACAGCGUGAUCGCCAUCAACCGCUUUACAACGCGCUAUAUCGACUCCAUUGCACUUACGCGCGAAGCAAACGACAACGUCGUCUCCCGCUGGAGCAACUGGAUAUUCUCUCCCUUCCAGCCCGCUGUCUUCGACGAGAGAAUGCUCCUCGACAUGUACGUGGAAAACACAGCCCAAGUAUCCGACAAGAUCGGCAGCUUGAUCCUCGAAGCUCAAGCAGCGCUACGUCUUCUGGAUCUGGCAGAGAACCACCUGCAGGCCAUCAACGAAAAUGUCGUUCGCAGCGGUAAAGUGGUCAAAGACGAGCAACACGAGGUGUUCUGGACGCUGUGGACACUUGUUGGGGCUAAUGCGCGCCGACUGCACAAUCUGAAGGCGCAGCUCGGGCUUCUGCGACAGGUCGACAAACAACGAAGCACUGCCGUGAUGCAACUGGUUGGAUUGGACAGAGUCUCAGCCCCGGAGCUGUUGGUGGAUCAAGCCAAUAUUCCGCUCAGCGUGCACGUCGAGACCAUCAACGCAGGUAUUGAAAGGCUUGAGGGUGCCAGGAUGCGCAUCAAAGCUGAGGAGAACGAGCGGAUACAACAGGCGCUGAAGAGGGCCAGGCCUGACGAUGAUCGGUUGAUUGAUGGUUGAGCAGGCGUAAGAUUGGGCGAGCACCUAUUUGGUCAAGAGAAAUAUCUGUGUACAUGGAAUGGCGCAUCCGGAGAAGGGGAAUAGUGACUUACACAUUUACUAGCACCUUAAAUUUGUCAAUGAACACUUGGUAUAUUCCGAGGCGGUACGGAAGACGCCGAUGUUAGUUGUUAAACAGCUUGGGCAUAGCAAUCGUGCGCAACUGGUCACCAUACAGAGCAGCUGAAACCAGUGCUUUGAGGACGUGGGCUCAUGCUACCGCUUAAGGUGAGAAGUCACUGCGUUAGCCCCACCCCCCCUCCCUCCCCCGGACACUUCAAUUUAAGGAGUUGCGGAUGAAGCUGUAAGAUGGGAU